GUGAUGCAGGAAGGGUCCAUUGCAGACGGCGAGAGGGGGGAAUAAAAGAAGUAGUACCACACAGAGUGCCUCAUACUCAUGCCGCGCGAUGUGCAAGGGCUCAGGAAGUCACUUAGUGAGACGCUUCCUCGUUUCGGGGCCGCGCUCAAUGUGUGCGCGCCAGGCUAGGGUUAGGGAGUGUGACCGCGCCGCGCGUCCCCGCAUAGGCGUGCUACUACUGCUACUUGUGUCGGAGGAGGAGAGUGAGUGAGUGAGGGCGCCAUAGAGAAAGAGACAGAGAGAGACAGAGUCCGGCUGUGUGCGGCUGGGAGAGUCCGUGGGGAUGAGCCAGUCAGCGGGCAGCAGAGCUGAGGGACAACAGGAGAGAGAGUGAGGCCGGCGGCAGCUCCGAAGGCGCAGGACAGGGCAGUGUGGGACUCACGGACAGACUCUACCACUGACUGCGGGGGGAGCACCUCGCACUACUGCAGCCUGACAUGAUGCCCGAUCAGAUCUCGGUAUCGGAGUUCAUAUCGGAGACCACAGAGGAUUACAAUUCGCCGACCACAUCCAGUUUUACCACCCGUCUUCAGAGCUGCAGGAAUUCGAUCAAUGUGCUGGAAGAGGCCUUAGAUCAAGAUAGGACAGCGUUACAGAAAGUGAAAAAAUCAGUGAAAGCAAUUUAUAAUUCUGGCCAAGAUCAUGUUCAAAAUGAAGAAAACUAUGCACAAUCCUUAGAUAAAUUUGGAAGUAAUUUUCUAAGUCGUGAUAAUGCAGAUUUGGGCACCGCCUUUGUGAAAUUUUCCACUCUCACGAAAGAACUGUCAACGCUACUUAAAAACCUGCUACAAGGAUUAAGCCACAAUGUUAUCUUCACCUUGGAUUCUCUCUUGAAAGGUGACUUAAAGGGAGUCAAAGGGGACCUCAAGAAGCCAUUUGACAGAGCGUGGAAGGAUUAUGAAACCAAAUUCACGAAAAUCGAAAAGGAGAAAAGGGAGCACGCCAAGCAACAUGGGAUGAUCCGCACUGAGAUUACUGGGGCCGAGAUUGCCGAAGAGAUGGAGAAAGAGAGGAGAUUGUUCCAGCUGCAGAUGUGUGAGUAUCUGAUUAAAGUGAAUGAAAUCAAGACUAAGAAAGGCGUGGAUCUGCUGCAGAACCUCAUCAAAUACUAUCAUGCUCAGUGCAAUUUCUUCCAGGAUGGAUUGAAAACAGCUGACAAGCUCAAGCAGUACAUAGAGAAAUUGGCUGCAGAUUUGUACAAUAUUAAGCAGACCCAAGAUGAGGAAAAGAAACAGCUCACUGCCCUGCGAGACCUGAUCAAAUCCUCUUUACAGCUGGAUCAGAAGGAGUCUAGGAGAGAUUCCCAGAGUAAGCAGGCAGGCUACAGCAUGCACCAGCUCCAGGGGAACAAGGAGUACGGCAGUGAGAAGAAAGGCUACCUGCUGAAGAAGAGCGAUGGGAUCCGGAAGGUAUGGCAGAGGAGAAAGUGCACUGUGAAAAAUGGGAUCCUGACCAUUUCCCAUGCUACGUCUAACCGGCCACCGGCAAAGCUGAACCUGCUCACCUGCCAAGUCAAGCCGAACGCUGAUGAGAAGAAAAGCUUUGAUCUCAUCUCACACAACAGAACAUACCACUUCCAAGCUGAGGAUGAACAGGAAUAUAUAGCAUGGAUAUCUGUGCUCACAAAUAGCAAAGAAGAUGCACUCAAUAUGGCUUUCCGGGGAGAUCAAAGCACUGGCGAGAGCAGCCUAGAGGAUCUGGCUAAAGCGAUUAUAGAUGAUGUACAAAAAACAUCUGGCAAUGAAGUUUGCUGUGAUUGUGGGUCACCUGAUCCGACAUGGCUUUCCACAAACCUUGGGAUUUUAACCUGUAUAGAAUGUUCAGGGAUACAUAGGGAAAUGGGGGUUCAUAUCUCUAGGAUCCAAUCUCUGGAAUUAGACAAAUUAGGGACUUCUGAACUCUUGCUGGCCAAGAAUGUAGGAAACAAUAGCUUCAAUGACAUUAUGGAAGGGAAUUUGCCUUCUCCGUCAGCCAAGCCUUCUCCCUCCAGUGAUAUGAUUGCACGUAAAGAAUAUAUCACUGCUAAGUAUGUGGAGCGGAGGUUUUCCCGAAAGAUCUGUUCUACCGGGGCAGAAAAACUGAACGAGCUGCUCGAGGCUGUGAAAUCCAGGGAUUUACUUGCACUAAUCCAAGUCUAUGCAGAAGGUGUAGAGAUAAUGGAACCACUGGUAGAAUCUGGACAGGAGCCAGGUGAAACUGCACUUCAUUUUGCAGUCCGGACUGCUGACUCUACGUCUCUUCCCUUGGUCGACUUCCUGGUACAAAACUGUGGAAAUUUAGAUAAGCAGACUGGAAAGGGCAACACUGCUUUACACUACUGCUGCUUAUAUAACAAGCCGGAAUGCUUAAAAUUGCUUUUGAAGGGAAAGCCAACUAUUGAUGCUGUCAACCAUGUCGGUGAGACAGCUAUCGACAUUGCAAAGAGACUGAAAGCAACUCAAUGUGAGGAGCUGAUUUCCCAAGGCCUGGCAGGGAAGCUGAAUCCUCAUGUCCAUGUGGAGUACGACUGGAACCUCCGACAGGAAGAAAUGGACGAGAGUGAUGAUGAUUUAGAUGAUAAGCCAAGUCCAAUCAAGAAAGAGCGUUCCCCCAGACCCCAGAGCUUCUGCCAUUCGUCCAGCAUUUCCCCACAAGACAAGCUGUCACUGCCCGGUUUUAUUACUCCUCGGGACAGGCAGAGACUCUCUUAUGGAGCCUUCACCAACCAGAUAUUCAUGUCUACAAGCACAGACUCCCCCACAUCUCCUGUUGCAGAUGGCCCUCCGUUGCCCCCCAGGAAUGCAGGCAAAGUGGCGAGUGGCCCUACUUCAACCCUCCCUCUAAGCACCCAAUCCCCUAGUGGCAGUUGCACUCUGUCCAAGAAGAGACCUCCUCCCCCACCCCCGGGACACAAACGAACCCUCUCCGACCCACCAAGUCCGCUACCUCAUGGCCCCCCCAGUAAGGGCUCAGUUAUUUGUGGUAAUGACAUGGGCCCAAGUGCUGCAGACAAAACUCUGAACAAGUUUGAGAGAUUGUCAUCAAGCACAGGAACAACAAAGACUGCGUUAGGCCCAAGAGUCCUACCAAAACUACCUCAGAAAGUGGCACUUAGAAAAAUAGACACCUCUCAUCAUCUCUCAAUGGAUAAGUAUAACCAGCAGCCCGAAAUCUUCCAGAAAUCUCCCCAGCCUGGAGAUCUGCCUCAGAAGCCACAAAUUGCCGAUCUUCCUCCAAAACCGCAGCCUUCGGAUAUUGCCCAGAAACCACAUGUCGGAGAUCUGCCUCCCAAGCCCGGAGAAUUGCCCCCUAAACCUCAGCUGGGAGAUUUGCCCCCGAAACCCCAAGAUUUACCUCCAAAGCCCCAGCUGAAAACUCUUCCUCCCAAGCCCAACCUUGCAGAGGUGAUGUCUAAACCAGCUGCUGGGGAUGUGCUUCCCAAACCUCACUCUCAUGAAGCCAAUCAAAAUGCUCAGCCGGUGGAUGUGACCCAUAAUGCACAGCACACAGACCACACCCCUGUCCAGAAACAAGUUCCAGAAACUUCCAACAACGGCCCCCCGCCACUUCCAGAAACGCCUGUGCCCCUUCCCCGAAAGAUUAACACCGGGAAGAAUAAGCUGAAACGAGUUAAGACAAUAUACGACUGCCAAGCGGACAAUGAUGAUGAACUGACGUUUGUGGAGGGAGAAGUGAUUAUCGUGACUGGAGAAGAGGACCAGGAGUGGUGGAUUGGGCACAUUGAAGGCUUCCCGGACAGAAAAGGAGUAUUCCCUGUGUCCUUCGUCCACCUGUUGACUGAAUAAUAAGAAAUUCAUAUCUGUGCCCCGGCGUGGGCCCCCGCUGCAAUCUGCUCUGUGCUCCAGUCUGUAGUGUAUAUAAGCUGCUGUUACUCAGUCCAUUUCAUCCUGAACCUUCAUCUUGUGCUGAACUCUAUAUAUGUAUGUAUUGUCCUUGUACCAUGUUCUUCUGCCUUUGCCAGUAUUACAGUAGCCCAGGGGGCAAUCCGUGGUCCCUGUCCUGCCAAUAUUCUUCAUUCAACUCUAUAUAUAUAUAUAUAUAUAUAUCUGCCAGGGAAACGCUGCUUCUCCUUGGACUGCACCCGUAUAACCCGCCAACAAGCCCCAGAACACAAGUAUGAACACAACAAGCAACUCUAGGGGGGUUAUUUACUAAACUCUGAAUGCCAAAACCCCGAAAAAUUUGUGUUUUUUAAAGGGAAACCAUCAUACUGAAAUAAGAAAAUCUCUAAAUACAAUCAAUGAAAC